CUCCUGCGUGCUUGAUCGUACCUGAGCGCAACAUACCUGUCCAUGUGCUAUGGCGGGGUCUGCUAUUAUUCUGAAGGUUGCUACGAUUUUGAUAUGUUUUUUAUCCGCUGGAACAACGGAAACAUCCAGAAGGUCUAGGAGGAGCUCCGGUGAUCAGAUCCUACCCAGUUCCUACCUCCACCUGCCCGACAUGCUUCAUUCCAGGAACCCGCUGCUCCCCACGGAAUAUUUCUCACCAUCACGCGGCACCGGCUCCGAGCCACUUCCCUCCCGGGUCCGAGAUCUUCUCCUUCCGGUUACUCCGACGCCAGCCUCGCCCGCCUUAGCACUCGAGCCCGGCAGCAUUAACACGCGCUGUGACGGGGACAAGAUGAACGUGCAGGUCCACAAAAGUGUCUUGGGUUGGGGUGGAUCAGCGUCGCAUCUCUCCGUCGGUACUUGUCGACCUACCGGAUCUACUGGACAGUUUAUCUAUUUUGAGAUUAGAUUCAACCAGUGUCGAACUGUCCGGAUGGUGAUCAAUAACGGGCUGGUUUAUUCCAACACGCUUCGCUACGACCCGCCGCCCCCCCCGGGUCAGAUAAGAAGAGUCGUGCCGUUCACCCUGCCAGUUUCCUGUCAAUACGACCGGUACCACUACUCUUAUAAAAUAGGUUACAUCCCGAAGAUUGUGACGCAAGGGGUGUUAAAACCAAUAACCAGCAGGGAGGACUUCACCCUGACUCCUCGGAACGCCAGGUGGAAAAGACUAUCCCCGUGGGAGCGCCACCAUGUUCUGGGGAAGCCGAUGUUCUUUGAGGUGUCGUCUCGGAGCCUGGCUCCAGGCAGACGGCUGUACGUCGAGAGCUGUUUCGCCACCCAAGGGCCCUCGACCACCUCCACGCCCAGGCUCACCAUCGUUAACAAUUUCGGGUGUAUGGUCAAACAGAUCGGUCGUUCCCGAUUCAUUCCCUCCAGUAAGAACAGGGUGAGGUUCAGUGUCGACGCCUUCCUGUUCGAUGCUACAGUCCAGCCCCUCUACAUGCACUGUUCCAUGUCAACGGCUGACUCCACAGCGACCCCUACAGCCAAGGCCUGUACCUACGACUAUGCAAAGAAACGGUGGAGGGAGGUGUCCGGUCAGGAGUCUGUGUGUUCCUGCUGUGAGACCAGCUGUAGCUCCGUCCCCUCAUCAGACGUGAUGGUAAGGAGCAAAUCCUGGACGAUGGAGCGUAGAGGAAAACCUUCUGCCCAUCCCAAGAAGAACAUCAACGUGGCCGUAGCUACCACCAUGACACCGACAACAGUCAAGAUGAUGAGCAAAUUUAGAACUCUCCAACAAAAUGGCGCUGGAGUCAGUCCUGUGGAUGUAUAUGCCAGGGAGUGGCAAGAGAAAGCUCUGAGGGGUUCUGGUGGCGUCAAGGAGGUUCUGAGGGGUUCUGCUAGAGUCAAGGAGGUUCUGAGGGGUUCCGGUGGUGCCAAGGAGGUUCUGAGGGGUUCCGGUGGUGCCAAGGAGGUUCUGAGGGGUUCCGGUGGCGCCAAGGCGGUUCUGAAGGGUUCUGGUGGCGCCAAGGAGGUUCUGAAGGGUUCUGCUAGAGUCAAGGAGGUUCUGAGGGGUUCUGGUGGCGUCAAGGAGGUUCCGAAGGGUUCUGUUGGUACCAAGGAGGUUCUGAGGGGUUCUGCUAAAGUCAAGGAGGUUCUGAGGGGUUCCGGUGGUACCAAGGAGGUUCUGAGGGGUUCCGGUGGCGCCAAGGAGGCUUGGACGGGUUCCGGUGGCGCCAAGGCGGUUCUGACGGGUUCUGCUAGAGUCAAGAAGGUUCUGAAGGGUUUAGGUGGUUCCAAGGAGGUUCCGAAGGGUUUGGGUGGUUCCAAGGCGGUUCUGAGGGGUUCUGGUGGUGGCAAGGCGGUUCUGAGGGGUUCUGGUGGUACCAAGGAGGUUCUGAGGGGUUCCGGUGGUGCCAAGGCGGUUCUGAGGGGUUCCGGUGGUACCAAGGAGGCUUGGACGGGUUCCGGUGGAGCCAAGGCGGUUCUGAAGGGUUCUGCUAGAGUCAAGAAGGUUCUGAAGGGCUCCGUUGGGGCCAAGGAAGUUCUGAAGGGUUCCGGUGGUGUCAAGGAGCUUUGGACGGGUUCCGUUGGUGCCAAGGAGGUUCUGAAGGGUACGGGUUGGUCCAAGGAGGUUCUGAGGGGUUUCGGUGGCGCCAAGGAGGUGCAGGGUCCCAAGACGUUAAGGGAGGUUUAA